GGCUCGAAAGCCUGGGUGACAUAGCUUCGUUCGCCACCUCAAGGCUGAUUCGGUCAUGGCAGAGGGCGACAAGCUGACGCUGAAGUCUUCCCAGGGUGAGAUUUUCGAGGUGGAGCCUGAGGUGGCUUGCAUGUCCACACUGAUCAAGAACAUGGUGGAAGACAGCGGCACCGAUGAGGAGAUACCCUUGCCCAAUGUGAAGACAGCGAUCCUAAGCAAGGUCAUCGACUAUUGCAGGUACCACAAGGACAAUCCGCCAGAAGAAAUUCAGAAGCCUUUGAAGAGUACAAACUUGGUAGAGUGCGGGGUCUCUGAAUGGGACAACGAGUACGUGAACAUUGAACAGGAGGUCUUAUUUGAGCUCAUCUUGGCCGCGAAUUAUCUUGACAUUAAAAGCCUCUUGGACCUCACUUGUGCCAAGGUUGCAUCAAUGAUCAAGGGCAAGAAUACCGAAGAAAUUCGCAAGCAGUUCAACAUUGUCAACGAUUUCACACCGGAGGAGGAAGCACAAGUGCGAGAGGAGAAUCGCUGGUGUGAAGAUGCUUGAGUCAAACGGGUUUUGUUGUGAGCGAUCGGAUGCAACACCUGCACCCACAGUCACAGUUUGAAAGCUGUUGGAAAUUCAUUUGGAGUUGUUG